AUGAGUAGACUUGAUGAUUCUAACGGGAGUUGUAGAGAUGGUGACGCAGUCCGUAUCUCUCGCAGCGGAAGAGUAAUUAAGCCUCGCUUGGCUUCAUGGUUGGGGCAAAGAAUUGUGUACGACUGUCAUGGCACUCCUGUAAGGGCGGAAGGGGUCAUAACUGAAACCGUACUUUCCAAAGAUGCUACAGAUGCGGACUUGACUAUUUCGUACCUUGGCUUAUCUCCUGCUGAAAGCCCUCAGCAAAAGGAAAAGCGAUUGUUAACAUCUAUAAGGACGAGCGUCAGAAAACGGCGAAGACUUCGCCUUGUCGACUACAGUGAAAGCUCUGGAUCUGAGGACGGUGACAAUAUUAAGUCUCUUCGAAGAAUUGAUUCGUCUCCUGAAGAACACUAUUCAAGCUUGAAGCACCACGGUGGGAAAUCCAUAAAGGAGGGGAAAAAGAAGAAGGCAGUUCGUAAUAGUAGAUACCGGGAGAAGAAUGUGAAAGAGCGAAAAAGGCUUGUAAAAAAAAAACAUUCGAGAGUAAGGGAUAUUAAUCAACUUCCCUUACCUCUGGAUCUUGAUACUGGUGAUGAGUCAGAUGCAACUUUGACUGAAUUGGAGUACAGUGAUGAUGAUGAAGAGGAGGACGAAGAGAGAGGCAGGCACGUUGAGGUGCCAUUCAUCACAGUAAGUAGGUGGCCAGAAAGAGGAACGGAAUCAAGUCAGCCAUCGUUUGUUAAAGGAAGAAGAUCUUUUGAGACCUGUGAGGAAGGAACUGCUGUUCCUGUAGAUACUAAGAGAUCUUCGUCGAUUGCAGGUAGCGUGUUGCGAGUUUCGAGAAGUGGUAGAUUGGUCAAGCCACUCGUUCGCCCGUGGUUAGUACAGAAUUCAUCUUAUGAUGGCUGCGGUUCGCCUCUUAGGACAGCUAAAUUAUCUGCCGAAUCAGCCUGUUCUUCAAGAUCUCAUGCUAGUUCUUUUGCUAAUAACCGGGCUGUUUCUCCUCCAGAAAGUCCGCCUCAGAAUGAGUGCUUGAAGAAAAGUGUUGGAACGUCACAUUUUGGAGAACGACGGUUCACCAACAAUGCUAUGUCUAAUUCUGCCAGUGACAUACUUACGCCAAUACACCCACAUCGGACAAGAAACAGAUUUCGCGAGGUAGAAUCUUCUGAUGAAACAGAAAUGAAAGAAGGGACGCCGAAAAAAGCACUUGUUAGAAAGAAGAAGAGAAGGAGGAAUCACAGAUGGCAAAUAAAAGACACGAGAAGAUAUAAAAAGCGACAAAAAAUAAACAGAAAUACUAGCGCAAGAAAUGUACCCAAUGAUGAAGAUUUGUGUGCAGCGGCUUCAGGUACUGAAGAUUCAGAUGUUUCAUGUCCUGCAGUUAACACCGAAGCCUUCGGAGGCUCACCUACCAAAUACUUGACUGCUCCGAGAAAGUGGAAGAAAGAGGAAUUAGAUAGGCUAAAGUUGGCUUUAAAUGCUAUUAAACCGUCCUCCGACGAUGACUGGGAGAAGGUUGCAACUGCUUUAAGUGGUGGACGUACUGCUCAAGAAUGCCGUGAAGUUGCCACGAAAAAACUUAACUAUUUGGAACAGCGGGAACAAGUAAUGGAAGAUGAAACUGAACUGAAAGAGUGUGCUGGAGCAUUGUUCAGGGCUAAAGUUGGUUCACUUUCUUACCUUGUGCAUGCACAAAGAUUUACAAGAAAAUUUGUUAUGGCGGAGAAACAGAAGCCGAAACCUACCACAGAAACCUUCGAUUAUAGUGCCGUCGCAGAAAUGCCAUCUGUGGCCCAAUUUGAUCCUGAUGAUUCUUUGUUGGGGGUGUUACGUACUCCUGAUUCUGGAGAUGUACAGAAAGCAAAUCGGCGUGAAUUUAUUCCUCAUGUAAGUAGGGGCGAAGCUUCAACUCCAAAAAUAUACAUUUCACCUGACCAAGAAGAUUGGAAAGAAAGAGACAAAAAGCAGCGGUACGUACAUCAGAUGUUAAGGAAUAAAAGGUACAUGUUACUCAAUAAGUCAAACAUUUCUGUAACGAAUGGAGAAGUGGAAGGUGUUUUUGAUAAAGAUGCAGCUGUUACUUUAAAAAGUGCUAUGCAGAAGUUAAGAAAUACACGGAAAGACUGUGAUGAAUUAGAAGAAGAAGACGAGGAGGAUCUAGUGUCGAAUGAAAGCGAUACUGAAAACGUCAAUGUGUAA